AUGACUAUAAGCACAGCUUGUUUAGAUGGAAAAUGUCUUAAAUUCUACAAUUUGCAAACAGAAAGUCUCGAGGUGAUAAGAUCCUCGUGCUCCACCGAUUGGAUAGGUCGUUUCACUUUUGAAACUAAGAUGAAAGGGUCCCUUCCAGACCGUGUUGUUGGUGAUGAUAAUAAAUUUUAUUGCCCGUAUAUGGAUUAUCAGCUGCAUGCACAAGUUGAAAACAUCCGUUCUCUGAAAACCUUUAUUCCUGCGGGAGAAAUUCUUGAAUUUGUUAAUGAUGAUGAUUUUCAACGGUUUUGUAUAUCAAACAAGAAUGAUUUACCUGCAGAAUGGGUGAUCACAGUAAGGGAUUCAAUAAGUUUUUGCUUAGGAAGAAUAGACAAUGCAAUUACAAAGCGUUAUAUAGAGGAUCUAUUGGAGCGUGCUAAUAUGCAAGGAGCAAAACAUGUGAGUACUCCUUUUACUAGUUCUACUGAGCUACAUCCACAGGAUGGUGUUCCUUUACAAAAUCCUACUGAAUAUCGGAGUCUCGUUGGUGAUCUUCAAUACUUGUCGACCACUCUUGCUUUCUCAGUCAAUAAAGUAUGUCAAUUUAUGCAACAUCUUACUGACAAGCAUCUUCUUCUUGUCAAGAGAAUUCUCCGUUAUUUACAAGGUACUUCCUCUUACGGUCUUACUCUUCGGCCUUCAUCUAAUUUAAAAUUGAGUUUUCAAGCCUACACGGAUGCUGAUUGGGCUGGUGAUCAAACUGAUAAAAGGUUAACCAGUGGGUAUUGUGUUUACUUGGGUUUGAAUCUUAUUUCUUGGAGUGCUAGAAAGCAUAAAACUGUUUCUAAGUCAAGUAUGGAGGCUGAAUAUUGUGGUCUUGCCAUUGCUACUGCUGAGCUAAUGUGGAUUGAGUUUUUACUCAAAGAACUUAAAGUUCCAGUUUGCACUCCUCCUGUCUUAUGUCUUAACUUAGGAGACAACAAACUCUUCGGAACCAUUCCGUCUCAAAUCGGUAGUCUUUCGAAGCUCACACACCUUGAUCUCUCCUUAAAUAAUUUUUCUGGACAUAUUCCAUUAGAAAUAGGUUCUCUCACAAGUUUACGACAUUUAGACCUUUUUGAUAAUCAAAUUGAAGGAUCAAUCUGUCAAGAAAUUGGUAAUUUGCAUUUUCUUACUCAUCUGUGGUUGGCCAAAAACAACCUCGUUGGUCCAAUCCCUACCACUUCUAUAUGCAAUCUAACAAAGUUGUCCAUUUUAUCCGUUUAUUCAAACCAAAUCUCGGGUGUCAUUCCUCGAGAUAUUGGAAGGCUAAGUUCACUUAUCGCUUUAGAUUUUUCCGACAACAAUCUCAUUGGUUCAAUCCCUAUUUCUAUAGGCAAUCUGACUAACUUGACCUUUUUAGCAAUUUAUAGAAAUCAAAUCUCAGGUGUCAUUCCUCUGGAUAUUGGGGGUCUAAGUUCUCUUACUGUCUUAUAUUUGUUCGAAAACAAUCUCAGUGGUUCGAUCCCUCUUUCUAUUAUAUGCAAUCUGACAAAGCUUUCCAUUUUAUUAAUUUAUUCAAAUCAGAUCUCAGGUGUCAUUCCUCAUGAUAUUGGAAGCCUGAGUUCACUUGCUGUCUUAAAUUUGUUCAGAAACAAUCUCAGUGGUUCAAUCCCUACUUCUAUAUGCAAUCUGACAAAGUUGUCCAUUUUAUCAUUAUAUUCAAAUCAAAUCUCGAAUGUCAUUCCUCGAGAUAUUGGAAGCCUAAGUUCACUUACUUUCUUAGAUUUGUCCGAAAACAAUCUCAGUGGUCCAGUCCCCAAACUCAUAACCAAUUUGACUAGCCUGGACACUCUUCAACUAUAUGAUAACCAACUUUCUGGCAUCAUUCCUCAAGAUAUAGGAAGGCUAGCCUCUCUUACACUCUUAGAUUGGUCCAUGAACAAGCUCAGUGGUUCAGUGCCCGCUUCUGUAGGUAAUCUUAGCAGUUUAACUCUAUUAAGUCUUUUUCAAAAUGAACUCAGUGGUUCACUACCAAUAGAAAUAAACAAUCUACGACAUUUGGAGAAAUUAUAUUUGAGUACCAAUGAGUUUUCAGGUAAUUUACCUCAAAACGUAUGUCAAACUGGAGUACUUGAACAAUUUAUUGCAAGUAAUAACCAUUUCACGGGUCCUAUACCAAGAAGCCUUAGAAAUUGCACCAGCCUUAGAGUUCUCGGGCUUAGACGUAAUGAACUGGUAGACAAUAUAACAGAGGCGUUUCACGUGUAUCCAUAUCUAGAGUUGUUUUCUAUGAGAACCAAUAUGUUGUAUGGUGAACUCUCUAACGACUGGGCAGAUUGUCAAAAUUUGACAGCCCUAUUUUUUUCCGGAAACAAUAUCACUGGUAGCAUACCAUCUUCUAUAGGCAAGUUGAAGACUUUAAAGGCACUUUAUCUUGAUUCAAACAACUUAGUAGGGGAGAUUCCCAAAAAGUUAUAUGCAUUGUCUUUACUGAUCUACUUAAGUUUAAGUAAUAACCAACUCUCUGGUAAAUUGUCUUUCCCAAUUGGAAUGUUAUCCAGAUUACAAUAUCUCGACUUAUCAAGAAAUAAAUUCAUCGGAUCAAUACCCAAAGAAUUAGGGGAGUGUUCAAACUUGAUAUCUUUGAAUUUGAGCACAAACAAUUUUAAUGAAAGCAUCCCACCUGAGAUAGGAAACUUAGGUUCGUUACAAGUUUUGUUGGAUCUUAGUUAUAAUGAGUUGAGUGGAGAAAUACCGUCAGCUCUCGGAAAACUAAGCAAACUGGAAACACUAAAUUUAUCCCAUAACAAGCUUUUUGGCUCAAUUCCAUCUUCCCUUGAUCAAAUGCUUAGCUUGACCACUGUCAAUAUAUCGUAUAAUGAAUUGAGCGGUUGUCUUCCAAACAUCAAAGCUUCGAGGUUGCUCCAAUUGAUGCGUUGA